GGGGAGAAAGAAAUGUCUCAUGAUGAUGGACCGAGGACGUUCCAAGACCAGCUGGCGGAGAAGGUCCGGCCCUUCAUAGACUUAAUGGACGACAUGAGAUCCAUAGGGAUAGAUAAGGAGCUGCCACUGCCAACCAUUGCUGUGGUGGGAGACCAGAGUUCAGGAAAGAGCUCUGUGCUUGAGACCCUUUCUGGGGUGGCGCUGCCCAGAGGGACCGGUAUUGUCACCAGGUGCCCACUGCUACUUAAACUCUGUAACGACAGGACAGUGAAAUGGGAUGCUGUCAUCUCAUACGGAGGGAAAAUCAUUGAAUUUGACGAACCUUCAGAAGUAGUUAGACAUGUUGAACAAGCUCAGAACACGUUAGCUGGAAAGGGAGUGGGGAUAUGUGAAGACCUGAUCACUCUAAAGAUCACAUCCUCCACGGUGUGUGACCUCAGUCUGAUUGACUUACCAGGGAUCACCAGGGUGGCAGUGAAAGGACAACCAGAAGACAUUGGAGUCCAAAUCAAUAAUCUCAUUUCGAAAUUCAUAAAGAAUAAGAGAACCAUUAUUUUGGCGGUGGUACCAUGUAAUGUUGACAUAGCAACAACAGAGGCUCUGAAAAUGGCACAACAAGUGGAUCCUGAAGGCACAAGAACUCUGGCCAUUCUGACAAAGCCAGACCUGAUAGACCCGGGAGCAGAGAAUAAUGUGUUGGAAAUUGUCCACAAUAGAGUCAUCUUUCUCCGUAUGGGCUAUGUCAUUGUGAAAUGUCGUGGUCAAAAGCAAAUUGAUGAAAACAUGUCAAUAACCCGUGCGAUUGAGGAGGAGUUGGAAUUCUUCCAAAAUCACGAGCACUUCAGAUCCCUCGUGCGUGAGGAGAAGGCAACCACCAAGUGCCUAGCCAAAAAGCUCACCAAUGCCCUGGUCAAACAGAUCAAGACUCAUCUGCCCCAGAUGUCAGAGAAGAUAAAGGAGCAGCUGGGGGAGGUAAAACAUUCGUUGAGUAAAUUAGAGGGCGGGCCUCCCCUUGAACCUGAAGAGAAGAGGAAGUACCUCAUUCAGGUCAUAACAGAUUUCAAUGAGCAGAUUACCCAACUGUCCAAAGGGGAUAUUAUCGUUGAGGAGAAUCUAUUUGAGCUCAUGCGAAAGGAAUUUACAGAGUGGAUGGAAUGUCUCAAAAAUGCCAAAUCACAUUACCACGAAGUAGUGCAACAAGUGGUGGAUGAAUAUGAUCAGGAGCACAGGGGAAGUGAGCUGCCAGGAUUCAGUAACUACAGGGUAUUUCAACAUGUUGUUCAGAAACUAGUGGCUGAACUUAAGAGACCAGCUAUGUCGACACUACAGACAAUCAGAGACAUGGUGCAAAAGCAAUUUGAUCAUUUGUCCAGCGAGAGCUUUAAGAAUUAUCCUUAUCUUCAUCUGGUCUCAAAGAAAAACAUUGAAACAAUCCAGGAAAAGCAGUCAAACAUUGUGAAGGAGAGGAUCGUGGAGCAGUUUGAGAUGGAGAUGCAGGUCUACACACAGGAUGAAAUCUUCAACAAACAGAGUCGAAAGGAGGGAACAGCAGAAGGCUCAGAUCACGACACCAGGAGCAAGUACCCUGGGCUGCUCAAGGCAUACUAUGAGAUUGUGGUGCAAAGACUGGCUGACCAGGUACCCAUGCUGAUCCGUUACUUCAUCCUGAAGCAGUCAGCCAAGAUUGUGUGCAGUGAAAUGCUGGAUCUGCUACACAGUGAUGACACUGAUAACAUCCUACAGGAGGAUUCAGAGAUCGGACAGUAUCGUGCAAAGUUGCAGGCCCAAGCGGAUCGCCUUAUACUGGCCAAUGACAAAAUCAGCAGCCUCUGAGAAGGUGAUGUCUUUUCAGUUACAAAAUCAGCAUCCUCUGAGUAGGUGAUGUCUUGUCAGUUACAAAAUCAGCAUCCUCUGAGUAGGUGAUGUCUUUUCAGUUACAAAAUCAGCAGCCUCUGAGUAGGUGAUGUCUUGUCAGUUACAAAAUCAGCAUCCUCUGAGUAGGUGAUGUCUUGUCAGUUACAAAAUCAGCAGCCUCUGAGUAGGUGAUGUCUUGUCAGUUACAAAAUCAGCAUCCUCUGAGAAGGUGAUGUCUUGUCAGUUACAAUAUUCAGAGAUCUUGAAAAUUAAACCGAUUUAUAGAAGUAUAACCAGAUUGUUGGAAAGGUCACUUUCGGCUAAAUGCUAUUUAUUUAAAUAAGAUGUAUUUUGUAUAUUUUUUAUUCAACAAAUGUAUAAGAACGGCUAAGAUCAGUGAGAUAAUGUAGAGACGACCCCAGUGAAAUCCUACAGGAGAAACCAGAUUUCGGCCGGAAACGUAAAAGGUUGUGGGACCAAGCGGAUCGUCUUUGACUGGCCAAUGACAAGCGGAUCGUCUUUGACUGGCCAAUGACAAGCGGAUCACCUUGGACUGGCCAAUGACAAGCGGAUCGUCUUUGACUGGCCAAUGAAAAGUGGUUCAUCUUUGACUGGCCAAUGACAAGCGGAUCACCUUGGACUGGCCAAUGACAAGAUUAGUAGACUGUGGUUGACAAUUUGUCAAUGCAGAAAUUCUGAGAUGUUGCCAACAAAGCCUGCAAUAAUUAUACCUGCAUUUAUCAGCAUACAGGACAUUUUAUAUGGUGGGCAUCUCUACAUUUGAUCAAAAAUGUGUUUAAAAGAAAAUGAUGUGACAGUUGUAUCAUCACAUAUCUGCAUUGUGUUUUAUGUUUUCAUCUCAAAAUGUCCUGAGGAAAUAUGUGAAGAUGGUUGAUAACAUUAUAUAAAGUGACAAUCGAAAUGAAUGUUGUAUCCAUUUUCUGAUUGGUCAGAGCAGAUCAAUGUUGAGAAUAAUUGUAUAAUGGCAUUAUAAUAACUUGACGGCUGUUUUAUUAAACGUGUUGAGGAUCAGCGUGGCGGUUGUGUUGUUACCUACCCUUACCACCUGGGGACGGCCCGUCAGGAAGUCCAGGUCUAAGAUGCAGAGGGAGGUGUUUAGUCCCAGGGUCCUUAGUUUAGUGAUGCGUUUUUGAAGGCACAAUGUGUGGUGAGGAU